GUGCGCGAUAAGGGUUGAAGCAUCAGUAGCGCCAUCAUGCCGGUAGUGGUUGCGCGCGCACUUCGAGUCACGUUUUCUAUCACUAGAAGUGUUCAGUCGCCGAUGCGCGGCCGCGUGAUUCGCAGUUUUUAAAGUUCUUGUUCGAAAAAGUUUCUCACUUUUGGUGUUUGUGUGCUCGUGCUUCGGUUCGGCUACGAAAUAGUGACAGAAGCUUCGUGUGACAGAACGGUGACUCGUCAAAUCCCAGCCUCUUUAAAUCUGACACAUCUCAUAUAAAUCUGGUAACGACGCUAAAUAAUUCGCGGUAAAAUAACCACUGUAAAGAUAUCUUAGUUUUCAUUUCAAGUAUUAUAACUUUCGUUAAUUAAACUUUUCGUAACGUGUUACUGUACUACGUCGUGUCAUGGUAAAUGAUUCGUAAAAAGCAUAUUGGUACGAAGUAAUUGAAGAUUUGCAUCGGCAUGUGAAUAUUGUUAGGCAUAUAAACUUUGAUUUAGACGCCAUUUAAUUACGAAUGCACUUUUAACGACCUCUAUGAAUGUACUAUUAGACCGUUGUGACAUAUUUUCAAAUACUGCUUCUUUUCUACCGAUUGUUUGUUUAUUUUCUACAGCUUCUAAUUUAAGGUGUCUCGUUUAUAAUUCUUCGCGAAGUAAGUUUUUCUCCUUACGUAAACUGAAAUAUUCGAACAGGACGAAGGUAAACGUAACAUAUCGAUGUUUGCAUAGGACAUUGUAACAAAACAUCAUUAUAGAAUAGGAACAGAUUUUGCUCGAUCUUUAUUGGUUUUCUUAGGUUAGGAUCAAAUGUAGAUUGAUAAAAUAAAGUGAUUGUGUUUAAAGAAGUAACGGUUGCUUCUAUGGGAUAUCCCUAACAGUUACACUUUUGCGAGGAUAUUUCAUUUGGUAAUAUUUUUGCUAUGAAAUGUUUACUAUGAAAUUAUUUUUAGUAUAGUUUCUAGAUAGUUUUAUGCAAGAUGCAUUAAGUUAAUAUAUCGUAAAUUACAUUUGGCAAAUUAAUGUUAUAUAUAAAGAUGUAAAUCUUUGCAAGAUCGCUUGUUUAAAAGCUUAUUUUUUAAAGCUGCAAAUCGGAAUUUGUAAUUUGUAAUUGAAAUAUUUUAGUUAUCGUAAAUUUCUUGCUCUUAUUUUCAUUUUGUCUCGAUUAAUGAUUGUAAGGAUCGCAGUAUAUUUCCCUACCGAAUGUUCACAGAAUUUGCUCGUUACUUUAGGUUUUUACUUUCUAUAAGAAAACAAAUUUCACGUAGUGUAAAACUUUAAUCAAAAUAACUGAACUACCAUACCGUCGCGUCCGUGAGAUUUCAUACGGGUUAACUGUACCUUAUUUGCCAAGUAUUCCGAACUUCUUUGCAUCAAUGUAGCUUUCGAACUGCUAACAAUAAACCGGAAAUGCUUGAGAACAACGGGAUCUAUUCCACGGUUGAUUGCCGUUUGUUGUGCUCACUUUUUCCAUUGUCGAACGUUCAACUGCUAUUAAACGUUUAACAUAUAUUUACUGAGAAUGCUUUCGUAAAAAAUAAAUUAGACGAUUCGUAUCGUAAUGCAGAAAGUUAAAUUGAACGAAUCCGAUUAAAAUCUCCGUCGUAACAAGGUACGAUUGUUUCACGCAUCAAAUCUUUUUCUUCAACGAGGUUCCGACAAUAGAGAGAAACGUGUUUCAAUAAUUGAUGUGUAUCUACUUUGCGACGGGCAACAAGAUUCUCCACUUUCUCGAUAUAAUAUCAUAGUAAAUUCGAUAGUCAUUGCGCAUUUUGUCGAGAUAAAAUCGCUGGAGAAAUGAAUAACUAAGAAAGGCAAUCGGAAAAAUAAAAUAGAAAGAAAUUCGAUGGUUUGCCAGACAAUCGAAUAUGACUGAUAAUAUGAAUUCAAUUAACUACAAUUAUUACAAUUACCAAUGAAAUUAAAUGAACGGACUACUCUUAAUGAAACCACGUGGAUACUGCGUGAAUGUAAGAUGCUCGUUUCUUUCGUCGAACUGAAAAUGCUUUGAUCUAAACGAGAAUCGGUUGAUCGCGGCUGCAGAUCAAUUAAAUCUAGUCGCGAUUAAAAUGCAGUGAAUGAUUAUGAAUCGCAGCUUCCGCGCACAUUUCUGUUAUCUGUGCACCAGUUGAUCAUCGUGUCCUUGAGACCGCCACAAUUCGAAGACGUUACGUGUUCUGCUUCAUUAAAAAUGGUUAAUAUGGAUAUGCAAACUGAGUUUCAAUUCUUUGCACGCGUGUCUUACGUUCACGGGAUAUUUAAGUGAGCCGCUGUUACGAAUUAAACGAUGCCAGUGAAUACGACCGUAGGCACUACCCUUUUGGACGAGGAGCUUCGGCGUAUUUUGCAGGAAAGGGAGCUGGAAUGUUUGCAGUUGCAGGCCAUGAAUUCCACGCCACCACCAGAGCCAUACUGCCGGAUGACAUUUGACGGAUGGUCCUGCUGGCCAAAUACUCCAGCAGGAACGACUGUGUACGCCCCGUGUCCAAAUUUCAUCACUGGUUUCGACGCCUCGCUGCAGGCGCAUAAAUAUUGUGAGUCGAAUGGUACCUGGUUUCGACAUCCAGAAUCUGAUCAAGUGUGGAGCAACUACACGACGUGCGUCAACCUGCAAGAUCUGAGUUGGCAGCAAGGAAUUAGUGGACUUUACGAAGCUGGAUACGCAAUAUCGUUGGUAGCAUUGCUACUGUCGUUAGGUAUUCUCACAUACUUCCGCUCCCUGAGGUGUGCAAGGACCACCCUUCAUAUGAACUUGUUCGCCUCGUUCGCUGUAAAUAACGCACUAUGGCUGGUGUGGUAUAGAUGCAUCGUCGCGAACACGGAUUUACUAUUGAACAAUGAGAUAACGUGUCGGCUGCUACACAUUAUCCUGCAUUACUUUCUACUUACUAAUUACGCCUGGAUGCUGUGCGAGGGUUUUUAUCUGCACACUCUGCUCGUUAGCGCUUUCACCAGCGAGCAUAAAUUAGUAAAGUGGCUGAUGGGUCUCGGUUGGCCUGUACCUGCGGUCAUCGUCACGAUUUAUGCCUCUUUGAGGGCGACCAGUGAUGACCCUGCGGACACCGGACAAUGUUGGAUCAACGAGGGUAACUAUAUGAACGUGCUGGUCUACCCAGUCUGCGUUUCCACUCUGUUGAACGUGCUUUUCCUCUUCAACAUCGUUCGAGUUCUAUUGAUGAAACUGAGAGCUGGUCCUACGAUUGGCACGCAACCUUCCAGGUCUAUGCGUCAAGCAUUUCGAGCGACACUGCUCCUCGUACCUCUUUUGGGCCUACAUUAUCUUGUCAUCCCCUUCAGACCGCCGAAAAAUCACCCCUGGGAGCAAUUUUACGAAGUUCUCUCCGCCAUAACGGCCUCUUUUCAGGGUCUCUGCGUGGCCGUUUUAUUCUGUUUCUGCAACGGUGAGGUAAUAGCGCAAUUUAAGAGAAGAUGGGAGGGCACAGCUCUUCUGCGGAAUCGGGCCAAUUCUUGCACAGCUACCACCGUCUCGGUCCGAUGCCGGGAGAGGAGAAGGUGUGACUAUCGGUCGUCUGUGCUGGAAGUUCCGGACGAAAAACGAGCCGUGGACGACCGUCAGCAGAUCGUUCAACUGGUCGCCGCUACUCCCGUCCCCAAUAGUCACAACAAUCACGCCAGGAUGCUCAUUAAGUCCAACGAGUUGUCCGACUACGAUCAGACGCAGUGUUGAUAAUUUUGACGGCUGAUCAAUGAGAGACUGAAGCUGGCGAAAGAACGUCAUAGAGCGAACAUCAAAGAGAGUUUUAUUCUAUGGCGAGAAGAUUAAGGAGCUUAAAGAUCGCGUCAAUAAUAUAGGGAACAUGAAGAAGGAGUCCUUUUAAGAGUGCAUGUACUAAAUGAUCAUUUUUUUUUUUAUGAAAGCUGUUGGAAGUGAUGAACGUCGUUUUAUUCUGAAAUGAGAAUGUUGAGAAUUAGUGAAAAAGGUAUAUAUACAAUGGCUACAAAAAGUAUUGUAUCUUCCAAUGAAACUUUUUGUCAGAUUCUAUACGUUUCACUUUCACAGUAUCAAAUUUUUUAGUUGUAUAAAAAUUAAAUUGUACGAAAUUUAAUAUACUUGGACCUAAUUAAUUAGUAUAUAAAUGUUAUAAUAAAUACAACGGUAUGAAAAUAGUUUUUGUAGCCACUGCAAUUUGAUAAUUAGAGUUGUGAAGGCCAGUUCUGUAUAAGUUCUAAUGAAUGAGUGAUAUUAUUAAAAAGAGAAUACAUUAUUUUUUGAUCUCGAAUUAAUUUAAGAUAGGAGAAUAUAAUAUAUCGCUUGUUUGGAUAUUUUGUUUUAUUAAUUCAUAGAGAUUGUAAGCGUGACAUUUAUUUACAAGGAGAUAUACUUUGGAGUAUUUUUUCGUAUUCACGCCUUGAGAAAGCGUUAAAAAGAAAAAGAAGGAAAAAAUAUUAUGCUUGUACUUGCACAUAUAUAUACAUAUAUAUAUAUAUAUAUUUUAUUGUAGAAUUAGGAUUUACUGAAGAAGCUUUUUAUUUUCUUGAAAGGAUUGGUAAAAUAAUCUGGUACAAGAAUCGAUGAUUGUAUUAACUAAAACUUCGUAAUUAAUUAAACAUUCAAAAUUUUGAGAUAGAUGAGUUUGUAAAAGAUUAAUGUAUAUUGAAUU